GCGCGCAGACGCGUACCCGUGCCCCACCUCGCCUACCCUGCCAGUCUUUCUGAGGGGGUAUUGUUACCCUUGGAGCGGAGAGGCCAGGCGGGUGGGAGGCGUGUUCUUCUGCGCAGGCGUCUCCGGUGUCCCGACGACAGGCUCUCUGUCUGCCGGGUGGAGCGGGGGCUCUUGCCUCCUCGGAUGUGCGGCGGGCGGCGUUGGUUACUGGGAUCAGAUGGUAAAGGCCUGGGACCACAGCCUGGCGGAGUGAAUAGAGGGUCUUCGGGAUGAAGUCGGGUGGCUCCCUUGCCCCCAUCCUGGGUCUCUUUGAGCGACGAGGUUUCAUUUCACCGGAGCAAGGCCAAGGAGGUCUGGAAUCGGGAACCGAUGGCUGACCCUGGAGGGGUGGAGCCAGUGUUUUGGAAUGCCAACUUAUCAGAGGACUAAAGUGUUUGCAGGCUUUCAUUGAAUACCCACUGCUUCCACGCUUGUGCUAGAAGCUGUGGGGGAUGCUGUGGUAAGAACAGCCUUCCCCCCUCCCCUUGUUUGGAGGACAUACAGAUUUGUAUGUAAAUGUUAACAUUAGGUAGUGAAUUAAGGUGGGGGUCGACGGUUGGUUUUUUACCUUCCAAAAAAGGCCAUUUGUUGUUAAAGUCAAUCUGUAUUUCUGGCAUAGUGGAGGGUACUGUGGAAGCUAGUUUCUGAAGAGGACACAAAUCCUCGGUGCUUAAUGUGGAGAAAAAUUUUUAGGUAAAACUGCAGUAAAGUCUUGAUUACGAAGCAGUAUGCUCAGGUUCUGGUUAAUUUGAAUGAAUGGAAGUAAGAAACCAUUCACCUUCAAGAAUUGAAGCAAAAAUAUUUCCAAAAUAUGUUCAUGUACUUUUCAAUUGUAGUAGGUAGAUGAUAUUACAUACAUUGGAUCUUUCUUUAGAGAUUGAAGAGAAUGCUGUGCCUGAGUCAUCAUUGGUUAUCCUUGUCUGGGCUAGUGUGCCUUAGACGAUUAAAAGAAGGUGGGCUUGGUGCCUCAUAAUUUUCUGGAGAAACUGCAUUCGGUAAAGUGUUACGAUUGAGGUGGUGAGGGUGGUUAAGGUGGUGAGGAUGGUAAGCUAAAAGAGCAGAAGUGGGAGAAAGAGACUAGGUGGGGAGACGAGAGAGAGAAUUUUAGAGAAAAGCCUCCAAACGAAGGGAAGGCCUUCCAUUAUUGCUUUAGUCCUCUCUGGAAAUCCUAGGAAACUUGGGAAGACCGGCCCCACCACCACUGUCAGCUUGGUGAUCUGCCAGGAUCAUGGAUUUUCCUGGCCACUUUGAACAGAUCUUCCAGCAGCUGAACUACCAGAGGCUUCACGGCCAGCUCUGUGACUGUGUCAUUGUAGUGGGGAACAGACAUUUCAAAGCCCACCGCUCUGUCCUGGCAGCGUGCAGCACGCACUUCCGAGCCCUGUUCUCAGUGGCAGAGGGAGAUCAGACCAUGAACAUGAUCCAGCUGGACAGCGAGGUAGUGACAGCGGAGGCCUUUGCCGCACUGAUUGACAUGAUGUAUACCUCCACCCUCAUGCUGGGGGAGAGCAACGUUAUGGAUGUCUUAUUGGCAGCCUCUCACCUGCACCUGAACUCUGUCGUUAAGGCAUGUAAACAUUACUUAACGACAAGGACGCUGCCCAUGUCUCCCCCUAGCGAGCGCAUUCAGGAGCAGAGCGCCCGCAUGCAGCGCUCCUUUAUGCUGCAGCAGCUGGGACUGAGCAUCGUCAGCUCGGCCCUCAGCUCCAGCCAGGGUGGCGAGGAGCAGCCAGCCCCCAUCAGCUCCUCAAUGCGCAGUAACCUGGACCCGCGGACACCCUUCCCCAUGAGACGCCUGCAUAAGCGCAAGCAGUCUGCGGAGGAGCGGGCCAGACAGCGCCUCCGGCCCGCCCUGGAUGAGUCGGCCAUCUCUGACGUGGCGCCAGAGAAUGGGCCACCAGGGGUUCAUUCUCGGGAGGAGUUCUUUUCACCAGAUUCUCUGAAAAUUGUGGAUAACCCUAAGGCUGACGGGAUGACCGACAACCAGGAAGAUGGCGCCAUCAUGUUCGACCAGUCCUUCGGUGCUCAAGAAGAUGCCCAGGUGCCCAGCCAGUCCGACAACAGUGCUGGCAACAUGGCCCAGCUGUCCAUGGCCUCCCGCGCCACCCAGGUCGAGACUACUUUUGAGCAGGAAGCUGCAGCUGAGAAAAGUAGUUUUCAGUGUGAAAACCCUGAGGAUGGCCUUGGUGAGAAGGAGCACAUGAGAGUGGUGGUUAAAUCCGAGCCCCUGAGCUCUCCUGAGCCUCAGGAUGAAGUGAGCGACGUGACCUCCCAAGCAGAAGGCAGCGAGUCGGUGGAAGUGGAGGGAGUGGUGGUCAGUGCGGAGAAGAUAGACCUCAGCCCCGAGAGCAGCGACCGGAGUUUCUCGGAUCCCCAGUCUAGCACUGACCGGGUAGGGGACAUCCAUAUUUUGGAAGUUACAAACAACCUAGAACAUAAAUCUACUUUUAGCAUUUCAAAUUUUCUUAACAAGAGCAGAGGAAGUAACUUUAGUGCAAAUCAGAGUAACGAUGAUAAUAUCCCAAACACCACUAGUGACUGCAGGCUGGAGGGGGAGGCCCCUUAUUUGUUGAGUCCAGAGGCUGGGCCUGCAGGCGGGCCCCCCUCGGCCCCUGGCUCUCAUGUGGAGAACCCGUUCAGCGAGCCCGCGGACUCGCACUUUGUCAGGCCCAUGCAGGAGGUGAUGGGCCUGCCGUGUGUGCAGACCUCGGGCUACCAAGGAGGAGAACAGUUUGGGAUGGAUUUUUCCAGGUCUGGUUUGGGGCUGCAUUCCUCCUUCUCCAGGGUAAUGAUGGGCUCCCCAAGGGGAGGAGCCAGUAACUUUCCAUACUAUCGCCGCAUAGCUCCCAAAAUGCCAGUGGUCACCUCUGUCAGGAGCUCCCAGAUCCCAGAGAACUCUGCCAGCUCCCAGCUAAUGAUGAACACAGCCACAUCCUCCUUUGAAAGUGGCCAUCCUUCGCAGCCCGGCCCCCCACAGCUGACGAGGGCAUCUGCAGACGUCCUGUCGAAGUGCAAGAAGGCCUUAUCAGAGCACAAUGUCUUGGUUGUAGAGGGAGCUCGCAAGUAUGCCUGUAAAAUCUGCUGCAAGACUUUCCUGACCUUGACAGACUGCAAGAAGCACAUCCGUGUUCACACAGGUGAAAAGCCCUACGCCUGCCUGAAGUGUGGCAAGAGGUUCAGUCAGUCCAGCCACCUGUACAAACACUCGAAGACCACCUGCCUGCGCUGGCAGAGCAGCAACCUUCCCAGCACUCUGCUCUGACCCGAGCCCCGCGAGAAUGCCGAUGCCAGCCAUAGGACCGAAACUAGUCUCUUGGUUCGUGGCCAACGCCAUUGGGUUUGAGGCUUCACACCGGGAAUGGCUCUUGCAAAUUCCAAUGACGAAGAAUGGAGAAUUAGUAGGUGUUGUGCUUGUGCGGGGGCGUUUCCAAGUGAAAUGUGCGCUUUCAGAGAAGGGAUACAAUCCCUGAAGCUAAGUUCUUCCUUAGGGCUGAGUAAUGCAGUCAGAAAGUAGUUUGUAAUUGAUGUUAAAAGUGGCACAUUUAAAAAUUAAAACUGAAGUGCAAAAAAAUUUUUUUAGCAAUUUUUGUAAAACUCUGAAGCAUUUAAACUUCCUAUAUACCUUCUGAUGGGAAUAUUAUAUACCUGUUCAGUGAUGCAAAAUGCACUUAUGUGUAACCAGUGGCAACUCUGUGCCUGUCUUAAAGGAAGGCCCUUGAGGACACGCCUGUCUGCCACAGAUGCUUUAAAAUGUAUCACGAGCUAGUCCCUAGGCCUCAGAAAGUACUGUAUUUUUAAAUUUUUGCCUAAUUUGCAGUCACAGACACUGCACUUUGAUGGUGCUGACACUGGGUUCAGAGUGAGCAUUCUCUGGACUACUAGGUGUAUAUAAUUUUGAAAACAUCACUGUUGCAUAGAUGUUUUAACAGUUUUUCCUGGUUUUAAAAACAAGGUUGGUAAAAGGAGUAUGUACUUAUAGGGAGUGAUGAGUAAGGUAUUGUUUCCAUAUGUGCUGUUUAGCAGUGUUUUAACCAACUUGUAUUUGCGUGACAGUUCCAUGUUUGGAAGUCAGGAAGGAGCUGGUGUCUGUCUUUGUUCUGAUGAAGUGAGUCCUGUUUUGUGGGAUCUUUCAUGGCACGUUUACCCCUUGCUCCAUCCCGACUUCAGGGCUGGUCCAUCCGGAUACGUCUCACCCGGUGACAAGCCCCUGCUCUGCUUCGCUUCUUCACACUCUCAUUCCGCAUAUGGCAUCCUUCCUGGGCCUGGAUCACUGUCUUCAAUUCAAAACUAACUAAAAAUGAAGUCAGUCCUCCUCCUAGCAUUGGGACAAUCUGAGGAGACAUCAGGGCCACUGCCCUGGGCCUCUUGGGGCCCCAUCCUAUGGUCUUCUGACCCUAUGCCAUCAGGGCUUUUGGCAGCACCCGUCAGGCUGAGCCCUGGCUGCCCUGAUUCCAGGGGAACAGCACAGGUUAACCUGUCUCUGUAGAGCUCACGAAGUCAGUUUAAUUCACGCAAGAACAUGAGUUCAUCUUUUUUUUGUAUAGCUUUUUUAGAGACACCAAACAACUGUCCUUCAGUUCUUGUGCUUAGAAAGCUAAUCAGCAUGUGUUUUCUCUUAAUCUAGUGUGUGCAGUUACACAUCUGUCUGUGAAUAAACUCAUGAUGUUCAUUGUCGGUUUAGCAUCUCCUAUGAACCGAUUCCUGGGGAGGAAAGCCAGAAGGGAAACCUCUGAUUCCUCUCCUUUCAACAGAUGUGGGACAGAGAAGGUUGGAGGCUGGGGAAUCACCUGUGAAGUUGUGUGUGGGUAAUUAUUAGCAGUUGAGUUCUGACUUGAUGUGAGGAGGCUCUCCAUCCACCCCUCCGUGGGGACCAGUGUCUGGUGAGAUUAAGCUGGGAGGCAGGUGGGUCAGCAUGGAAAACGAGAGAGGCCCUGCCUGGCCUGAGAAGAGGAACCGGUGGCACCAGGAGGGGCAGCGGCAGCCCUCCUUCCCUUCCACCAGGAAGCUGUCCCCUCUCCGGAGCUCUGGCAUAAGUGGCCUUUGCUUCGGGGCCCAUCUCUGCUACAGCAGCUGGAACCCUGCCUCUCCACUGCUAGGUGGAAUCUGGAAUUGCUCAUCUACCUCUUAGUCAAUCAGUUUCUAUGUGUGAGAAGCAAGCUUGUGGGCCAGUGUCCUUGUACACACUGUAGCACUUACAACAUAAUUCAGAGGUUCCCUGGAAAACCCAGUCCCAGGGUUCCUAUGACCGGUAGUUUCUAUCUGAAUUAUAACUAGUAUUGGGUACCUGGAUUUUGAUUGGUUAGCCUUAAUUAUAGCUUGGCAUAAUUGUUUCUGGUGACCAAAUCAUAAAGUUCUGUCAGGGCACCCAUGUCAGUGGUGCUAUGCUGGUCAAAGUUUGAGACUUUGAAAUAAAAAAUUUGUCAUAUUCAUGCCUCUAA